AUGGCGUCAGACACCUUGUCUCAGUGCGGUGACAAUGAAGAUCUUGACCCCCGAAUUCAGCACGAGUUGGACACACUAAACAAAGCAAGUGUGGAUAUUAAUGUAUUAGAAAGGUCACUGGAGGAAGAACGACAAAAUUACGAAACGUUGUUUUCAGGCGUUACUCAAAAUCUCAAUUAUCUACAAGCAAAACUGAAAUCGGUUAUCGAAAAAUCGAGGCCAUACUAUGACAUGAAAGAAAAAGUGAAAAUCGCACAUUCAGAAGCUCAGACGGCUGCUAAGAGAUAUGACAGGGCCAUAUCUACCCAUCAAGCAGCCCAGCAGAUGGUGUCAGUGGCCGAGACGGGAUUUCAAAACAGUUCAAGAGCAUCCAGAUCUGCGUCAGUCGAAAUCAUAACCUCCGAUGAAAUCGAAGCUGGAACCAGUUUGGAUUCGAAUGCGACAAAGACAGCGGCAGAUCCAAAUACAUCUGGCUCGUUUGACUUAGCAUGGCAAGAAAUGUUAAACGUGGCGGUCAGUAAAGUAUACGAGGCUGAGAAAGAAUUGACUGACAGUGAGAUCCAACAUCAGACUAAGAUGAAAGCUUGUGUUGCACUGGAGGCACAGUUAAAGGCAUUGGAAAAAAAUUUGAAGAGUUCUAUCAAAAAGUCGAGACCCUACUACGAAACAAAAUCAGUCCGUAAUUUUCAACUGGAGGAACAAUUGCGAAGGAUCAAACACUUGGAAGUCAAGAUAGUAGAAAGUAAGCAGAAAUACACUGCAGCAUUGCGCAAUUUGGAGGCGAUAAGCGAAGAGAUUCAUUUCAGAAGGGAGAGUAAAUUAGGACCUAGAGGUCAAGGGGUUGGGGCUGAACAUACAGAAACACAGCUUGGUGAAAAUGAAACGACUGUGAACAAAAGUGAAACGAUCAGCGAAGAAACUGUGAUCACUUUCGACCGGAAUUUACCUGACAACUUUGACCAGAAAAGUAGUAUUACUGUUACGCCGAAGCAUCUGGCUACAAGUAAUGGUCAAAAUAAUACUACUUCAAAGCCUUCAAGCAUGCGUGAAGGUCCCAUUGGAGCUGACGCAGAUGUUAAAACACCAAAAUUAGCUACUCAAAAAAGUAAUAUAAGUGACAAAUUGACAGCUUCGACUGAGAGUAAGUCAAGUGUGACAUCACUUCGGAGCCAAUUCUCGGCUCUGACACCCGAAGAUGCAAAAAAGUUGGCGAAAGGCGAGACCAAUAUUGGCGAACUAUUGAAUUUAAGCGAAGAGGGGGAAGAGCGUGAAAUGUUUUCAGCAAAAAUUGAGUCCGAUAUCAAAAAACUAUCAGCCAAUGAUUUGUCAUCUUCUUUUCAAAAUAUUUCAACUCGAGAUGUUGAUAAUGAAGAUGAUUAUCCUUCGACCGUUUCGACGCCGGUAAAGUUACGUAGGCGAAUCGAAAGCGAAAGCAAUAGCAGAUCUAGUUCAACUGCUGGACAUAUUCCGAGCUCAAGUUCUGCAUCGUCAACAGUCGGCAAAUUGAAUCAUUCCAGAUCCAAAUCAGAAGAAAAGCUCUACCAAAACCCAGAAAACUAA